AAGGAGUGAAAGCGAAAUGUCUGAUAUCUUCCGACGGAUAGGCAUCAACUCCAUCACCUUUCUACCCGCUUCCCGUGGAAAGACUUGCAUCUCCUGCAGGCAGAUCUGUGGCUCAGAGAUUGGACUCCUGAGUCACCUCCAUCAAUGAGCCAUGGUAGAGAUCAUUCUCUAAAUCAGGGACUUCCACCACUGCUGCUGACAGCAAGAGCUUUGCAUAUGAGGGGAACCUGGACAGAAACCUCCCCCAUUACAUGGUUCUCCCCAGAAAGUCUGACAGAGACUGGGGAGGCUUUGAAGGAAGAAUGGGAACUGGAAGAGUCACUGUUGCUCAGACGGGAUGAUUUCCCUCAGCGAAGGAUACAAAGCACACAGCUGAACUAAAAACGUGGCUUCUCACAGCAAAACAAGCCGACGCUUGGCAUCUCACCUGAUCUGUUGCUAACUGGGCUGGAGGACUCAAGUGGGGAAUUCCUACUGCCCACGCUGGGAGUCAUGUGAUACUGAUUCCCGCUGUCAGAGGAGUCUGAUGAUGUGGAACAAUAACAUCUUGUGACUAUGGGGAAAGCUAAGGUCGGGUUUCUAUCUCCUGCAGUAAAGCAGAAGGGAACUGUCUCCAUCGCCAACGGUAUGGAUGGACCACCAGUCUGGAGAAGCUGGCUGGUGGGGAGUGAGAGCUCUGUGAUGCGGCCUCCAGCCCCCGACAGCUUCCAGCUGACCGUAGUUGCACUGCUCUGUGGGCUCACCACAGCCCAGAGGAACGUCACCGCUUGGGUUGGAGACAACAUUACCCUACCUUGCUGCUUCCCUUCCCAGCCCAAUAUAAGUAUACAGCACCUGACACUCACCUGGCAGAAGAAGUGGGCGCAGGGAAGCGACCGGGUGGUUCACAGCUUCUAUUACGGGAAGGACCAGCUGGAUGUUCAGAACCCGGCAUAUCGAGGCCGGACGCGGCUGGACCCAGCGGCGCUGGCCCAGGGAGAUGGAGCGCUGAUGCUGCGGGGCAUCCUCGAGGAGGACAGGGGCGUCUAUCAGUGCCACGUCACCACGGAGCUGGGCAGGACGUCAGAGAUAAUUCAGUUAACUGUGUCUGUGGAUUUAAGAGACGCAGAAAGACCCACAUCAGGCUCCAUCAGUGCCCAGCAGAGACGGGGCAGGAUCUUCCUAGUUGGCAUCUUCCUCCUGCUCACCCUACAGACUUUUUUGUUGUAGGCAGGGCAAUACACCUGUCCUGCCUACACCAGACAGAGGCUCAAAUUCUUCAGUAUAAUUUGGCAUAAGUUUUCAUUGGCAGCAACCUACUGGGCUGGCUAACCGGCAGAUACCUGCCGGA